AUGGCGAGGCGUGGAAGUGGCGAGAGUCAGUCGAAGGGAAAGGGCCGGGUGCGCAGCCCGCCCAGUGCAGACAGCGGCAGCGACGCGCCAGGAAGGAGCCCUCCACGCAAGAGGGCCGCACGCAGGUCACGUUCUCCUCGUGAUGUGGAAGAGCGCUCGCUGGUGCGCAGAAGCGGUGCGAACGGAGAUUCGAAAGCUGUCUCUGAGAAACAGAAAGGCGACCCCACUGGUACCGCCGAGGCGAAAGGUGCAGCCCUGCGCACAACUCUGGCCCAACUCUCCGCGACAACCAAAGCUGGAGGAGCCUACGUUCCCCCUGCGCGUCUGCGCGCGCUCAUGGCUGAGGCAGCGGCAGCGGACCCCGGCAGUGUAGAGUACCAACGCAUGAGCUGGGACGCCCUCAAAAAGAGUAUUACCGGUCUCAUCAACAAGGUUGCCGUGGAAAACAUCAAAAUGGUCAUUCCGGAGCUCUUCGGGGGGGCCAAUCUCAUCCGCGGAAGAGGACUGUACUGCCGAGCAAUCAUGAAGGCGCAGGGCCUUUCUUUGCCCUACUCGCCGGUCUUUGCUUCGUUGACGGCCGUCAUCAACACGAAGCUCCCGCAAAUUGGCGAGCUGCUACUCACGCGUCUCGUAAGCCAAUUUCGACGUAGCUUCAAGCGCAAUGACAAGGUUGUCUGUGGCGCGACACUUCAUUUCCUCGCGCAUCUCGUCAACCAGCGAGUGGCCAAUGAGAUCCUUGCGCUGGAGAUUCUCGUCCUGCUGCUUGAGCGCCCCACAGACGACAGCGUCGAGCUUGCGGUGACGUUCAUGCGAGAACUAGGGCAAUUCCUCAGCGAGGAAAGUCCCAAGGCAACCAACAGCAUUUUUGAUCGUUUCCGGGCGGUUCUGUACGAAGGCAGCAUCACCACGCGCGUGCAGUAUAUGGUCGAGCUGCUGAGCCAGGUACGAAGGGAAAGCUUCAAAGAUCAUCCCAAGAUCCCAGAGGGGCUUGAUCUCGUCGAGGAGGCUGAUCAGAUCACGCACGAGAUCAGCCUGGACGACCAGCUCAACGUUCAAGAAGGCCUCAAUGUCUUUCGCGCUGAUCCCAGCUUUCUCGAGAAUGAGGACCGGUACAGGCAGAUCAAAGCGGAAAUCCUGGGUGACGAGUCGUCAGAUGAUGAAUCUGGAUCUGGCAGCGGUAGUGGGAGCGGAUCUGGCUCCGAGUCUGCGGACGGUUCCGAAGAUAAAGACGGUAAGGAGGUGCAAGAUCGACUCGACAUUGAGGACCGUACAGAGACGAAUCUCGUCAAUCUUAGGAGAACCAUCUACCUGACGAUCAUGAGCGCAGCAAUCUAUGAGGAGGCUGUGCACAAGUUGAUGAAGCUCAAUAUCCCUGAAGGUCAGGAGAUCGAGCUGUGUAACAUGAUCAUCGAAUGCUGCUCGCAAGAACGAACCUAUUCCAAGUUCUAUGGACAUAUGGGCGAGCGUUUCUGCAAGCUGCAUCGCAUGUGGAGUGGCUGCUUCGAGCAGUGUUUCCGCAACUAUUACGACACGAUCCAUCGCUACGAGACGAACCGACUGCGGAACAUUGCACGCUUCUUUGGCCACAUCAUCGCAACGGACAGUAUCUCCUGGGCGUCGUUUGAGAUCAUCCACAUGAACGAAGACGACACGACGAGCAGCUCGCGCAUCUUUGUCAAGAUCUUAUUCCAGGAGAUGCAAGAGAUUCUGGGCCUCAAGCAGCUUGUGCAGCGAUUCAAGACGCCUGCGAUGCAAGAAUUCUUUGGCAACAUGUUCCCGAUCGACAACCCCAAGAACACGCGCUUCAGCAUCAACUUCUUCACUUCGAUCGGCCUCGGCGCAUUGACGGAGGAUAUGCGUGAGCACCUCAAGAAUGUUCCGAAGAUGCUCGCAGCGCAACGUGCCGCCGCCCUGCAGAAUGGCGACGACAGCGAUAGCAGCGACAGUGACAGCAGUUCGGAUCUCAGUAGGACGAGCAGCAGCGAGUCUUCAAGCAACUCGUCCAGCCGCUCGUCGUACGAUUCGCGCUACUCGGGAAGGAGGGGCAGCCCGUCGCGCAGGGGUUCGCGUCGCUCACCCUCUCCUCGUCGCCGCAGGCGCUAUUCAUCCGCCUACUCGCGCUCUCGCUCGCCGUCACCUCGUCGUGGUGAUCGUUCGCCGCCACCAAGGUCCGCGAGACCGGGCCGUGAUGCCUUCAGCCCUACCCGGGGAAGGGGUGGCAAGGGGCGAGCGCCCUCGCACUCUCUAUCUCCUCUUUCCGAUCGUGAUGGCAGGACCAGGAUCGCGCGCCGUCGGUCGUUGUCUUACUCGCGAAGCCCAUCGCCCCCACCUCGAAAAGACUACCAAGAUGACGAGCCGAAGGCUGGCCCGGCCGCAGGUAAGAGGCUUCGCGAUGCUUCGCGCUCGCCGCCACCAACGUCGCCGCGCCGGCCACCUUCCAGGUACAACGAUGCUAAGCAGGAUGGGCGUGAUUAUUCCCCACCACUCAGGAGGAGGGAUGGAGUGUACAGUGACAGGAGGUACGAUGGUGGUAGCCGUGACUAUGGCCGUGACGAUCGUGGUGAUCCUUACAACAGGCUCCGGGACAAUGGUCACGAUAAUCGCUACCCCAGACGAUGA